AUGUCAACCGAGUGUAAACUCCUAGCAAAGAUAUGGUGCUCGCCAACACCUACAGCACCUGCCGCAAAGGUACUCCACACUGCAUGCCUAUUAUACCUCGAAUCUAUCAAAUUGUCAACAUCCUGCUCAAGUCCUGAGCCCCGCACUUUGGAAAGCCUACCUGCCGAGAUCCAAUACAAGAUUAUCGGGUAUUUAGGAUUUAUGGGAAAAACUAAACUGCGACAGACAAACCAUUUCUACAACACCACCAUUCCAGCUCCUACUCCCACUGAUGAAGAACUCCGUGAGUUAAUCCUUGCUACCGAAUCAGAAGAUUAUGCAACAAGCAAACAACUAUUAGCUUGUAACAACUGUUUACGCUUGCGACAUGUAUCCAAAUUCAGAGACACUCAGACAAAAGGGAAAAGAAUCCGCAAUGGACCGCAGCGCCAUCUUCGUCUCUGCCUGCAAUGUGCAAUAUGGAAGGGAUGGUAUCGGCUUGGUAAAUUUAUUAAAGUAUACGGCGAGGAUGUGUACAUCUGUCGGUGUAGGAGAGCCACACCAAAGGCAAAUCUGCCCUCCAAUUGGAUUGCACAUAAACGAUGUGCAGAUUGUUUUUCGGAAAUGGAAAAAUCACGGCAAAGGAGAGAAGAAAGCAAGCGCAAGAGGAAGGAUGUAUUGAUGAUGGCAUGGAAGGAAUGGUUCACUCCGGAGCAGGAACAAGAACAAAGGGACAUGUACUUUCAUUUUGGACCCCGACGCACGCCUUCCUAG